AUGUCAAUUCGGGCCCCGACCAAAGGCGAGAACUACGAGCUCAGGAUUGACCUCAAUAGCGAGUAUCGCGAGAAGAGAAAGGAUGCUAUCAAAAGGGUGAUAGCGUCGAUGACCGUUGGGAAGGAUGUCAGCGGCCUGUUUCCUGACGUGCUCAAGAACAUGCAGACGGACGACCUGGAGCAGAAGAAGCUGGUGUAUCUAUACCUCAUGAAUUACGCGAAGACCCAGCCAGAGCUCGUUAUUCUCGCAGUCAACACAUUCGUUAAGGACACAGAUGACCCAAAUCCUCUGGUCCGGGCUCUGGCCAUCAGAACCAUGGGUUGCUUGCGCGCAGAGAAGAUCAUUGAUUACCUCUGCGACCCUCUUCAAAAGUGCCUACGUGACGAGAAUCCAUACGUACGGAAGACCGCCGCGCUCUGCGUAGCUAAACUCUACGAUCUGAAACCCGAGCUUGUAAUAGAGAAUGGAUUUUUGGAGCAGUUGCACGAGAUGAUAGCAGAUGCCAAUCCGAUGGUUGUGGCCAACACCGUUACAGCUCUAUCUGACAUCCACGCCGCUGCCGUAGCCCAGCCAUCAUCAUCUACUUCAGAACAAGCUGUCUUCACGAUCACGUCCUCUAUCCUGAGCAAACUGCUUAUUGCCUUAAACGAAUGCUCCGAAUGGGGUCGCGUCGCGAUACUGAACGCCCUCGCAAGAUAUGAAGCUCAAGACGAUAAAGAAAGCGAGCAUAUUUGCGAACGAGUUGUUCCCCAAUUCCAACAUGUCAACGGGAGUGUGGUUCUGGCGGCUGUUAAGGUCAUCAUGAUCCAUAUGCGUGGUGUCCGACGAGAAGAGCUAACCAAGCAGCUCAUCCGUAAAAUGGCUCCCCCAUUGGUUACGUUGCUGUCGUCUCCGCCGGAGGUUCAAUGGGUGGCCCUGCGAAAUAUAAAUCUACUACUCCAGAAGCGGUCCGACCUCCUGACUAACGAAAUGCGCGUCUUCUUCUGUAAAUACAACGAUCCGCUAUACGUCAAGGUAGAGAAGUUGGAUAUUAUGGUCCGGUUAGCAAACGAGAAUAAUGUAGAUCCCCUCCUCAGCGAGCUGAAAGAGUAUUCAUCCGAAGUCGAUGUCGACUUUGUGCGCAAGAGUAUUAAGGCGAUUGGUCAGACAGCGGUGAAAAUAGACGCCGCCGCAGAACGUUGCGUCAACGUACUGCUAGAACUUAUUGCGACUCGCGUGAGCUAUGUGGUUCAGGAGGCUGUUGUUGUUAUGAAAGAUAUCUUCCGGAAAUAUCCAUCAACAUAUGAAGGGGUCAUCCCGAUUCUAUGUUCCAACUUAGAUGAAUUAGAUGAGCCCGAAGCCAAAGCAUCACUUAUCUGGAUCAUCGGUGAAUAUGCGAACAAAAUCGACAAUGCGGACGAAUUGCUGGGUAUUUUCGUUGACACGUUCACGGAAGAAUCUUAUCCUGUGCAACUGCAAACCUUGACAGCGGUCGUCAAGCUGUUCCUUACGAAACCGGAUUCCUCACAAGGAAUCGUCCAACGGAUACUCGAUACCGCUACCAAGGACUGUGACUCGCCUGAUGUCCGCGACCGAGCAUACAUAUACUGGCGACUACUCUCAACAGAUCCGGGCGCUGCAAAAGCUGUCGUCCUAGCUCAUCGACCACCUAUUUCAAUACCCCAAACGACCGUUUCUCCUGCCCUUUUGGAAGAACUACUUGGUGAAAUAUCCAGCCUCGCCAGCGUUUAUCACAAACCGGAAGAAACAUUUAUUGGAGGAGGCCGAGUGGGCGCAGAUUCCGUGCAACGCAAGGAAAACGAACUCUCGGAUGAUAAGUUCUCGACGCAAAAGGCGUUGCAAACGGUUGCUGCCGGUCAGCAAGCUGAGAACCUCCUCGACUUUGACGACGCACCAGCUUACGAGGGCCAAUCAUCUGGCCUUGCAGCAACCGAAGUUCUGACGUCAACACCAGCUGCUGCAAGUCUCCUCGCCGGCACAUCGACAAAUCCGCUAGACGACUUAGUCUCAAUAUUUGGUGGCAGUGGCGGCGGCAUGGCUCCUACGCCCCCGGUCAACGCCUUUGCAGGCCUGUCGUUGGGCGCGACCAAUUCGUUGAUGACACCGACAAAUCAAGUCAUGAGUCCAGUCGUUCGAGGCGUACCCUCACCCGCUAUCCCAGCUCAACCUCAAACACCGGCGCAACCGCAAAACCCCGAAGAGGAUUUGUUGGGCUUGUUUUAG